AACAAUAAUGGUAAUGGUAGAGUGAUCGCGUCAGUUCGAUAAAGUCCGUAGUGAUUUACAGAGAGAAACGUGAUAUAUUGAUCAAAUGUGUCUUCAAUCGAGUAUAAUUAUUAAUGAAGAAUUAAUUCAUUAUUGAAAGAAGAUUUAUUCGAUUUAUAAGUAAAAUCAAACGAAAAAAUGGAAAAAACAGAAGAAAAUGAACAUAAUGUGUUGCGAGAAGUUUUAAGUGAAGAAGAAUUAGCGCAAAUACCUGAAGGAUUUAUAAAAAAGCUCAAUGUUUAUUUCAAUGAAAAAUUUGAACAGUAUAUUACUGCAAAAGCAGUUUUUGAAACUAAUAGAAAAAAUUUUGAUCAAACUUUAAAUAAAUUACAAAAAGAUUUGGCGGAAGAAAAAUCAAAUUUUGAAGAAUGUAAAGGAAAACUUGAAUUAGCAGAAAAAUGUACUGUGGAAUUACAAACUAGUUUAGAUCAGUCUAAAGGUGAAAUACAAAAACUGCAAGAAACUGUUAAAAGAUUAGAAAAAGAAAAUGCUGAUUUACGUAGGCAUAGAGAUACAGUUGUGGAUGAGAGAGAUGCAUUGCAAUUACAAGUUGAAAGACGAGAUACAGAAAUUGAAAGAAUGCAUACUGAAUUAUCUUCUUUGGGAACUCAAUUACAAAAUGCUGUUGCUGCAAAAUGUCAAGCUCUAGCAGAAACGGAGGAAAUCAGAAGUCGUGAUAUGACUCUUGAGUUUAAAGAAAAACGAUUAGAACAAGAAAGAACUCUUUUGUCACAGCAAAUGGCUGGUCUUGAAGAAGAAUUAGCAAAAAGAAUGUCAGAAUUACAAGCAACAAGAGCAGAAGCUUCUGCACGAGCACUUUUAACAGAUACUCGUUUAGCACAACGCGAUGAAGAAUUACGUAUUGCUAAUGAAGCAACAGCACAGUUACGAGAAUCGUAUACAUCUCUUCAACGACGCUGUGAUGAACUUGCUCAGAAAUUAGAAGAACAACGUACACAUGAAAUUUCUAUGCAUGCUUCUUAUCGAGAAGAAAUUGGUGCUCAGACUAGAUUAGCAGAUCUCUACAAAGGCAUGGCUGAUGAAGCAAAUGCAAAAGCUGAAGAAUUUAGUAAUGCAGUUAAAGAACUUCAAGAGUUAUUAGAACAUGCUACUGAACAAUAUGGAACAUUAGAGACAACACAUAAUCAAUUUCAAUUACAACAUAAACAAGAUUUAGAUGAAAAAGAACAAAAAAUAGAAGAGCUUUCAAACGAACUAAAUCAUGCAAAUGAAUUAUUGAAAAAUAUUAAACAAGAAAAAUUAGAUCAAGCUGUUGAACAACUUGCACCUACAGCAGCUAUAGCUAGUAGAGUUCUUAGGAAAGGUUUGAGUCUUACUCAAAUUUAUACACAACUAGUUGAUGUAACAAAUGAGUUAACUUCAGAACGUGAAGAAAAUGAACGUUUAAAAUCGCAAAUGGAUGUUAUUUUACGUGAAUUAGAAGAAAAAGCUCCCGUUCUCCAACAACAACGUGAAGAUUAUGAAAAUGCAAUGACUAAUAUUAAUACAUUAACAUCAAGAUUAGAUGAACUUAUAGCAGAAAAUCAUAGAUUAGAAGAAACAGCUGAUGAAGCAAAUCGCAUUGCUAAACACCAUACUAAAGAAAAUCAAAGGUUAAAAACUGAAUUAUCAGAUUUAGCUAGACAGGUAUGCUUUCUUUUGAAAGAAGUUCAAGAAAAUAGAAGUGGUACAACUAUUCAGACAAAUGAAUUUUCAAAUUCAAUGGAUAUGGAUAAUCUUGCUUCAUCUGAAAUUAUUAGUAAAAAACUUGUCACUUUUAAAGAUAUUGAAGAAUUACAAGAAAAUAAUCAAAAAUUAUUAUCAAUAGUUCGUACAUUAUCAUCAAGACAAGAAGAAAUUGAAAGAGCAACUGAUGAAAUAAAUUCUGGAGAAAUGAAAGAAAAAUUAGAUAGAUAUUUAGAACAAUUAGAAGACAUGCAAGCUGCUCAAGACAGACAAGCAAAAAUGUUAGAAGGUUUAUUGCGACAACGAGAUAUGUAUAAAAAUAUGUAUCAACAAUGUUUAAAACAAACACCAGAAAACAAAGAAUUUUCCAUUCCUGAAGAAGAAAGAAAAGAAAUUGAUGUAAUAAAAACUGUUAAAGAUGAAGUAUCUAUAAUGCAAGAUGAUGUUAAUCGAGAAAAAGAAUUGCAAAGACAAUUAGAAGAAAAUGAAACUAAGUUAAAACAAGUUACAGAUGAAUAUGACACAUAUAAAAAAGAAAGGGCAGCCCAUGAACGAAUGCUAGGAGAUGAAGUAGAAAGACUUAGAAAAGAAGCAGAAGCUAAUUCAGCUCGAUGUUGUAGAUUAAAAGCUCAAUUAGAUUCGGCUAAUGAUCGAUUUAAUCUUUUACAAUCAAAUGUUACUUCUUAUAAAUCUCAAAUAAAAGUUCUUGAAGAAAAAUGUUUUAAUUACAAUGUGACAAUUGGUAAACAUGAGCAAAGCUUAAUGAUUUUGAAAGAUGAAGCUUUAGCAGCUCAAACGCGAUUAUCUCGUGCUGAAGUACAAUUAGAAAAUUUACGUCAGGAAAGACAACUUUUACGUGAUUCUGAAGGUCGUCUUUUGAAAGAACGUGAAGUAUAUCAGAGAGAACGUCAAACGCAAGCUUUAUUACGAGCAGAUGUUGAAUCUAUUAAAGCAAGUUUAGAGCGGGUUCAGGCUGAAGGUCAAUUACGUGCUGAACAACGUUUAGAUGAUGCUACAAGAGAAUGUGCUGCUUUAAGACGUCGAUUACAGGAAGAACAAGAUCGAUUUAGAGAAUUAUCCGCACAUUUAGAAAGGCAGCUUACUACAGCUCAAGAACGAUUAACAGAAGAACGUAAUAUCACUGAACAAAUUCGUGCAGAAUUGGAACAAACUCGUCAAUCUGACUUUCAAAAUACGCAACGUAUAGAAGAACUUAAUACUAAAUUAAGACAAGCUGUUACUCAUUCAAUAUCAAAACCUUUCUCUGGUGAUGAACAUCUUGUAAAGAGAUUAAAAGAACUUGAAAUGCAAUUUGCGACAACACAAGCAGAAGCAAAAUCUUUAUCAGAACAAUUAAAAGCUUCACGGCAGCAAAGCCAACAAUAUUGUGAUAUAGCAGAAAGUGCAGAAGCUCAAUUAAGAGAGCUAACAACGCAACAUAACAAAUAUAAAGAAGAAUUGGAAACUGCUUUAAAAGAAGCUCGUAUAAAAAUAAUAUCUCUUCAAAAAAAAGUUCAAGAACUAAUAGAAGAAUUAGCAAAAGUUUCUAAUGGACGACAAGAAACUGAUUCAGAAUUAAGAGAAAAAUUAGCUGAUGCAGAGAGAAAGCUUGAAGAAUUAGAUGAAGUUAAAGGAGAAUUAGAAAUUGUAAAAAGUGAUUUACAUAAUGCUUCAAUAACAGUUAAAGAAGCUGAAGAGAAGUAUGCUAGAGAAAUGGUAUUACAUUCAACAGAUUUACAGAUGCUAGCGAAAUUGAAAGAAGAUGCGCAAACAGUAGAACAAAAGAUAGCAAAUUUAACUCAAGAAAGAAAUGCAGCUGUAGAAGCUUUAGAACUUGAAAGAUUAGCUUAUCAAGAAAGAGAAAAAAAAUUACUUGAAGAAAUUAAAGAAAUGCAACAAAGAAUAGCAGAUUUAGAUGCACAAAAUGCUAUUUUGCACAAUCAAAUUCAAGAGUUAAGCGAUAAGACUGCUAUCAUGCAUAGUCAACAAUCAAAAAUAAGUGAACAGGAAAGUCUUGACACUAGUUUAGAAACCAUGAACCGUAGUUUCAGUGGAGUUGAAGAUGAUUCUAAAUCUGCUGAACAAUUAUUAAGAGUAAUGAAGUAUUUAAGACGUGAAAAAGAUUUAGCUGUAACAAAAUUUGAUGUUUUAAGAGCAGAAAAUCUUAGAUUGAAAUCACAAAUAAAAGUUAUAGAUAAAAGAUUGAAAGAAACAGAAGCUGUCCUUAAUUCAGAAAGAGAAAAAUCUGAAAUUGAUGUAGUCACGACAUCUAAACAUGCGGAGUUAUUACGAAAAGUUGAAACAUUGAAUGCUAUCACAGAUUCUAAUAGAAUUUUAAGAGAAGAAAGAGAUAGUUUAAGUGCAAAAGUUUCAGAGCUUACUGCAAAAGUUGCAGCACUUUCCGAGGAAGUAGUACCACUUCGAGAUACAUCAAGAGAUUUACAAGCAAAAACUGAAGCUUUAUUACAAGAAAAUUCAAGUCUUAAAGGGGAAGCGACUAGAUGGAGACAAAGAGCUAAUGCGUUAGUAGAAAGAGCUAAUAAAACGAGUCCAGAAGAUUGGCGUAGAUUACAAACAGAAAGAGAAAAUCUAAGUAAAUUGCUUACAUCUGAGCGUGAAACACAUGCAAAACGUGCAGAAGAAUUAAAUCAAUUAAAAAUAGAAAAAACUAAAUUAGAAGAACAAUUAGUAUUGCUUCAAAAACAAGUACAAGUUCAAGGAGAAGAAGUUCAAAAAGUAUCUGAAGAAGCCCGUAAAUUAAGUCAAGAUUUAAAUGAAGCUCUUGCUGAUUCUUCUUCUAAAGCUAAAGAUUUAGUAACACUAAGGAAAGAGCUUGGUGAUAAAGAAACAAUUUUAAAUGAUAUAAAAAAUAAAGAAAUUCAAAUAAGAAAAAUAGCGAAAAAAUAUAAGACUCAAUUUGAAGAACUUGCGAAAACAGUAGAGGAAGAAAAAAAUAGAUCCGAAGAGUCUCGAAUGUCUACUGGUACUUCUGCAAAUGAAGAUAAUGUUCAUGUAUCUCAAGAACGUGAAGAUCAAUUGAGAGAAGAAGGUAGACAAGAAUUACGUCAAGCAAACUUAGAAUUAACAUCAAAAAUUGAUGAAUUAUCUCGUCAAAUGAUAGCUGUACAAAAUGAAGCAGAAUCAUUAAAAAAAGAAAUCGAUACUAUGAAUAAAACAAGUGUUGAAAAAGAAGAACGUGCAAAACAAGUAUUAAAAGGUGCAAGAACUAAAAUCAUGCAAUUAACAGAAUCUAAGAAAAUUUGUGAAAAGGAAUUGCUUGACCUAAAAGCAAAAUUUGAAGCUGGUGCUACUGAAUCAGACACUGCUGAACAUGACGCUAGACUUGCAGCACUUAAAUCUCAAAUGGAAAGUAGAAUCUCUCGUCUGGAACAUGAAAAAUCAGAAAUUCAGGCAGAAAAAGAAACUCUUGUACAGAGAGUUACUCAAUUACAGCGACAAUUAGCUGGUGUUAGUGGAAUCAGUGCUACUACAGAACCACCAACAGCUAAUAUAAAACCUAUGUCUGCACGUGCUGAAACUCCAUUAGCGAGUAUUCGUCCUAUGAGUGUGGUAGUACAAUCUAGAACAGCUGCCGUUUUACCUACAACUGCUACUGCGCCAGUAAUGGUUGCACCUCAUCAGCAGCAACAACCACAACAACAAGUGGUACAUACUACUGAAACAAGCUCACCAACUAGUAGUCUUCCAGAUUUUCAACCUGCCAGUACUAGUAGUUCAUCACAGACAACACCAAGUACUUUACGACAACUCGUUGUACAGCCACAAUUAAGUGAAUCUGCAGAAUCAACGCAAAGAGAAGAUCCAGAAAGUGCAGAAACGCUUAGUGUACAACAACAACAAUGUCAACAACAACAACAACAACAACAACAACAAACUGUCGCAUUAGUUAGUCCAAGAGUAGAACAACAACAACAGCAACAACAAGCUGUAGUUAGUGAUCAACAGCAGACUGUGGCUAGUAGUUCUACACAAUCAGUAAGCACAUCACAAGCUUCAACAGGUCAUAAACGUCCUAGAGCUCUUGAUUCAACAGCAUCAGGAUCUGGAAUUGUUGAAGGUGUAGAUCAUAGUAGACAGGAACAAGUGCUUAGUCCCAAAACUAAACGAAGUAGACAAGAAAUGUCAUCUGCUGCUAGCGCAAGUGCUUCAGAGGUCGAGUACCAGGUACCAACAUCGAGUCAAAGAGAUCAAGAUGAGGAAAUAGAAGAGGGAUGUGUUGUUGUUGUAGAUUGUGAUGAAGGUGAAGGAGGAGGCAAUCAUCAAACACAGGAAGAAGAAGAAUUUGAUAAUGAUCCAUAUGAAGAAAUGGAAGAAGAAGAAGAAAUGCCUUAUGAAGUAGAAGUAGAAGUAGAAAGGGAUAAUAAUGAAGUUGAAAUUAUAAUGGGUGAAGAUUCUACAAGUGUAGAAGUUCCUAGACAAACUCAAGUAACAGUACCUACGAACCAACAACAACAACAAUCAGAAGCAAUUAGUAGUGCUGGACCAACAGGAGAACCACCUACAUCUUUUACAACUCGAUCUUCACGUGGAAUUGCACCAAUGCCUAGGCAACAACAACAACAACAUCUUCUUUUACCACAACAAGGAUAUGAGGAUGGUGGUGAUGAUAGCAUAGUACCAAGUACUCCAACUUUAUUUGUACCACGUCGAGGAGAUGGAUUUGGAGAAGCUGUAAGUUCACCUCAAGUUCCUCAAGGACGCUUUACUUUUGGAGAUUCAUCUGCACCAACAACUGCUUCAUCAACUCCUUCGUUAUCAACUCCUUCUGGAUCAACAACUCGAACGAUAUUUGGAUCAUCUAGUUCUGGUGUAGCACAAGUAAUUCAAGAAAGCAUGGAUGAUACACGAAUAGAUCUUGUUCAAUUAGAAGAUGGUGGUACUGGUCGUAGUGUACCUACUACUCCUUUACAAGUUUCACCAGCAGCUGAUUUACCACCUUCGACAAGCAGUGGACCAUCAGAAGAACAAGAAACCCCAGUUUCAGUAAUACCAAUAUCAGUAACAGGUACUACUGUUGGUGAUGCCAGUGAAGAAUCUACUAUACCAAGUAUUCGUGUUCUUGGUGUUGAUGAUCAACAACAUAAUCAAACUGAAAUAAUUACAGAAUCUAUCAGUACUACUCCAACUGAAGGUAUGAGUUCAGAAGGCGAAAAACGCACAGAAGAAGCUGGUCCUUUAAUCUCUGGAGAUGAUGAUGCAGUAGAUACUGGUGAAGGAACUGAAGAGCCAGGAAGUGAUAUAGUGGAAGAUGAAGUAGAAGAAAGUCGUGAAGCGGAAGCGUCUCCAUCAAGUAAUACUCGUCAAAGAGCAAUGGCAGCAGCAGCUAAUGCUGCAAUUGCAGCAAAUGGUACUAGAGGUGCUACAGCAAGACGAUCAGCAAGAUCAUCGUUUAGAACAACACGUGGUACUCGACCUACACCUAUUGUAUGGGAAAGUCAACCUGGUGGUAGAGGACAAAGCGUAAUACGUGGAGGACAUGCAGCAAGAGGAACAAAUAGCGAAACGGGAAGAGGACGCGGAACAAGAGGACGAAGAAUGCGAUCUAAAUAUUCAUAUGCGCGAUUUUAAGUUAAAUAGUUUUGAAAUCAUGAGAAAAAUUGCACAUUAUUGUUUUUGUACACGAAUGGUGUAAGAAAUGUUGACUAUUAAUAUAUCAACUUUCAAAACAAAAAA